AGGGACAUUCGUCCUAACUGUAAAACGGAAGGGACGCAAACGAAACGAUGGUUUGAAACAGUUGAAAGAAAACAGAGAGAGAGAGAGAGAGAGAGAGAGAGAGAGAGAGAACCUGGCCUCGGUGCUGGGUCUGGUGUAAGUAAUGGCUGCAUGAUUUAGAAAUAGAGAGAUAGAGAUCGGGGAACUAAAACUGGGCAAUGUCGACGCCGAAGCCGAGAAAGAAGCUGGGAGGGGUGUUGAGAAGUUCGAUGUGCGGGCGAGAAGGAGGAGGAGCAGAGGAUCAGCAGCCCCCGAGGGACGAUGGCAGCCAUUACAGCCUCACCGCCGGCCUUCUUCCUCCUCUCGGGGCCACCGCUUUCAAGACUCGCCACGUCAAGCUCCGACCCUUCAUUGUCUCCCCAUUUGAUCCCCGCUACAGACUCUGGGAGACAUUUCUGGUGUUUCUAGUCUUCUACACGGCAUGGGUAUCUCCGUUUGAAUUUGGGUUCCUUGAGAAACCAAGGGGACCUCUUGCUGUAAUCGAUAAUGUUGUCAACAGUUUUUUCGCCGUUGACAUUGUAUUGACUUUCUUUGUGGCAUACCUGGAUAAGGCUUCUUAUCUCUUCAUUGACAACCGGAAGCUGAUUGCUUGGAGGUACACCAGGACUUGGUUGUUAUUCGAUGUCAUCUCUACAAUCCCUUCUGAAGCUGCUAGGAGUAUAUUGCCCCCGGCCCUACAAACAUACGGGUACUUCAAUUUGCUCCGCCUCUGGCGUCUCCGAAGGGUUAGUAAAAUGUUUGCCAGAUUGGAAAAAGACAGGAAAUUCAGCUACUUUUGGGUUCGAUGUGCAAAGCUUAUAUGUGUUACUCUCUUUGCAGUUCAUUGUGCAGCCUGCUGCUUCUAUCUUAUUGCUGCUCGAAAUACUGACCCAAGUAGGACAUGGAUCUCACUUAUCUUGGAAAACUUUCAUGAUCAGCGUUUGUUUGUCCGAUAUGUGACCUCGGUUUAUUGGUCCAUUACCACGCUUACAACCACUGGCUAUGGUGACUUGCAUGCUACGAAUACCAAGGAAAUGAUAUUUGAUAUCUUCUACAUGCUUUUUGAUCUUGGUCUAACAUCCUAUAUUAUUGGAAAUAUGACAAAUCUGGUUGUCCAUGGGACAAGUCGAACAAGGAGAUUUAGAGACACCAUUCAAGCAGCCACGAGCUUUGCACAAAGGAAUGACCUACCUGUUCGCUUGCAAGAGCAGAUGCUUGAUAAUUUAUGUUUGAAGUUCAGAACUGAUUCAGAAGGGCUGCAGCAGCAAGAGAUUCUUGAUUCCCUUCCUAAAGCCAUUCGUUCUAGUAUCUCACAUUUUCUCUUCUAUUCACUUGUUGAUAACGUGUACUUGUUCCGUGGGGUAUCGCAUGACUUGCUUUUCCAACUGGUCUCGGAGAUGAAGGCUGAAUAUUUUCCUCCCAAAGAAGAUGUGAUUUUGCAGAAUGAAGCACCCACAGACUUGUACAUACUGGUUACUGGUACUGCGGAACUCAUUGUGGAGGGGAACGGAACAGAAAAGACUGUUGGCGAGGCUGUGACGGGAGAUGUUAUUGGUGAGAUAGGCAUGCUCUGUUACAGGCCCCAGCUGUUUACAGUUCGGACCAAACGAUUGAGUCAGCUGCUGCGUUUGAACCGUACCGCUUUUUUAAAUAUAGUUCAGGCAAAUGUUGGAGAUGGGACAAUAAUCAUGAACAAUCUUCUUCAGCAUUUGAAAGAUUUGAGGGAUCCACUGAUGGAAGGAGUUCUAAUAGAUACAGAGCAUAUGCUAGCCCAGGGCAGGAUGGGUUUGCCUCUUAGUUUAUGCUUUGCAGCAGCCAGAGGUGAUGAUCUACUGCUGCUUCAGUUGCUGAGGCGUGGUUCAGAUCCAAAUGAAACAGACAAUGGAGGACGGACUGCACUGCACACUGCAGCAGCUAAUGGAAGUGAGCAUUGUGUAGUUCUACUUCUAGAGUAUGGAGCAGAUCCUAACAUCAAAGAUUCAGAUGGCAGCAUUCCCUUAUGGGAAGCAAUAUCGGGGAGGCACAAAUCUGUGACUAAACUUCUCAUAGACAAUGGAGCAGAGAUAUCUUCUGGUGAUGUGGGUAAUUAUGCAUGCGCUGCUGUUGAGCGUAACAACUUGGAAUUGCUCAAGGACAUUGUCCAAUAUGGUGGGAUCGUGACACUGCCCAAUAGCAAUGCUACAGCUCUUCAUGCAGCAGUAUGUGAAGGAAGUACUGAGAUAGUUAAGUUUCUGUUGGACCAAGGAGCCGACAUUGAUAAACCAGAUAUAAGUGGAUGGACCCCUAGGGCUUUGGCGGAUCAUCAGGGCCAUGAAGAUAUUAAGGAAUUGUUUCAGAGCAAGAAAGAAGAGAUCAAGAAACCACCAGCUAUCCCACCAGUUCGAAAGAAACCAGGUAUGUCAUUCCUUGGGAAGUACCAGAGUGAGCCCACAAUGCUUCCAUACGUCCAUGAAAGCCUUCCAGCUACCCGGGAGGAGACAUGGUCAGAUAGUCGUCCAAGGCGAAGGGCUAACAAUUUUUGCAAUUCACUUUUUGGGGUCAUGUCUGCUGCUAAUUCUGGAGCUGCUAAUGCUGGUGGAGGAGAACUUCUUACAUCUGCUGCAAGUUUUGGCAGUAUGCGGAGUAUGAACAACUUCCCAGCUAGAGUGACUCUUAGUUGUCCAGAGAAAGAUGAAGUUGCUAGAAAGCUUGUGCUCCUGCCUCAUUCCCUUCAAGAACUACUUGAUAUUGGUGCCAAAAGAUUUGGGACCUCUCCAACCAAAGUUUUAACUAAAGAAGGAGCUGAAAUAGAAGAUAUAGAGCUUAUUAGAGAUGGUGAUUAUCUUGUUCUAGUUAGCGAUACAGGAAGUGAAAAAUGCCACACGACUGAUCAAGAGUUGGGGUCAACCUCCGAGAGUCGUUAGGGCAGUUAUACUUCUUACAAUUGGUGAUACAAUACUCCACGAGCAUUUUGAGCCAAGGGAGUGGGACAGACGUACAUUGAAUUAUAACUUCUGAUAUUUCUUUCUUUCUUUCUUCUGAUAUUUCUUUUCGCCUUUUUACUUGCAGAUUUUGUAACUUAUUUCUUUGAACACCCUUAUA